GAAUAGGGGAAUGCUUAUCGUUUUUAUCGGUGUUAACAAAACGACAAAGGUGCAAUGUCUUGUAGUCAUGUUUCAACGAGACACUCAUCGAGUUGUAUUUAAUAUUUUCAUUAUCAUUUAUUUAUUUUCUACGCAAUUGAACAUUGAAAAAUAAUAAUUCUAGAACUUGUCAAUUUUUAUAUAUUAAUUUUGACGUAAUUUAAUUUUUUUUUUCUCUUUUUUUUUUACAAAAUAAAUGAUAAUAAUAUACACACAGUAGUAGUUAUUGAUUUAUGGAAAAUUUAAAUAAAUGUGACAUGUGAAUUACGUGAUUGGGGUCACUGACGUGAUAAAAUUAACUUUUACUAUUGUGGAGAUGAGGUCUAUUGAUUGUCAAAAUUUUAUAACCAGCUGCAAAGUACUUGACAAUAAAAAAUCAAAAGCUUUCAUUUGCUAUUAAAAUUAUAAAAAAAAUUACUCAUGGUCAAAAAGUGUUUGGAAAAAUUUAUAAAUCAUCGUCAAAUUAAAUAAAAUAAAAAAAAAAUUAAAUGUAUUAUUAAUAAUAUGCCACUAUCAUUUUCAAUGCGACAUGCAUAUCUCGGAAUAGAACCAGACAACAAUAUGCUACGACCAAAUGAUCUAUUUAUUGUUACCUCAACAUCAACAGUUCAUCAUGAAAGACGUAAUCAUUGAGAUAUGGGAGGAUCGCGGAUGUGGAUCAUUUAAGUCUUAAAUACAAACGACAAUGGAAGGAAUAAUCAGCCCUCUCGAGUACAGAGAGGAUUGUUCGGGUCGUUCAAUGGCAACAUUAUUGGUUGCUUGGCUAAGUGCAGCAAUGGUUGCAUCGAUACUACUUCGUUGGAAAUAUAUGUGGAUUGCUCUUGCAAUAUUGACAAUACUAUUUUUAGCUGCAUGUGGAUUGGCAGCUUAUAGUUCACGUAAAAGUGCACGAGAUGAAGAAGAAGAAGAAGAAGCUAAUCGUCAACAAAGAUUAUCCGAUGAUAGAAUGAAUAUUCAAUCUAUAUCUGGUGACAUGAGUCAAAAUUAUCCCUACAAUGUUGAACCACCAGGAUAUCAGACAUAUUGGAUUACUGAAUUACCACCACCAUAUACAGUUGUAGUUGAAUCAGAUGCACCACCUCUGAUAUCAUCACAACUAAAUUCAUCUGCUAAUCAAGAACCUAGCAUGGAUCCACCAUUGACUGGUCAACCACCACCUUAUUCAGUUGCCAUUCAACAAAAUCGCACCUCAAUAAUUCAAACAGCGUCGUCAUCUGAUUAUUAUAAUCAAAAUGAUCAUACAGAUACUUCAACUGUACAAUCAUUAAAUAUUGAUACUUGUCAAUCAGUUACAAUAAAUCGAAAUGAUGAAAAUAAAGAAGAGACUGAUGAUGAAUCAAAAAUACCACCAUCAUCAAAUGUCUUGUCAAGUGGUACACAAUACCUCACAAACUUUAUUAGUCAUACAUUUGGAAGAGGACAGAGAUCACGAACAACUAGUACUGUUAUUAUUCCAAACAAUCAAGAAUCAACUACCAGUAGCUCAAGGAUUGAACAAAUUACCUCCUAAAACUUUUUUUUGUUAAAUUUUUUUUCACAUAGAAUUGUAAUUAUUCUUACAUUAAUUUAUUUUUUUUUUUUUGCUUCUUAUGUUAGAGUUUAAUUAUCUAGAAAAUUUAAAUAUAAUUAUCAUUUUUUAUAUUAAUUUUUAUUGUCAUAAUUGUUAAUGCAAGAAAGGCAAAAAUUAACAAAUACUUAAGCAUUAUAUUUUUGAUAGCCAUUAAUAGACAAUAAAAAAAUAAUACAUUAGAAAAUAGGAUAAAAAAAAAAAUUAAUAAUAAUAAUUAAAAAAUCAAAGGAAAAAAAAAUUAUAUUAUGCAAUAUGUGUUUAUGAGUUGUAUUGACAGAUAUUUAUAAAGAAUUUACUGCGGCAUCCAAGUUUAUACAACGAAAUCUAGAUCAAGCAACAAUUUAUAUUUUUAAUUACAAAUAUGUCGCAUAAGAUUAAUUAAUCUUGUUUUAAUUACAGCCGUAAAAAAAAAAUAUAACUAAAAGUAAUAUAGUAUUUAAUAUUUUUUGAAAAAAAAAAAAAACAAAUCACAAACGAUCUUGAGAGAAUAAUUUUUUUUGCAAUUUAUUGUACGUAUUUACCUUAAAUGUAAAAAAAAAAAAAAACUUGACAGUUGUAUUUGGGCAAAGAAAGAGAUAAUAUUUUUAAAAAUAUUAAUACAAUGUAUUAUGUGCGAAAAUGAUGGAGAUUGACACAAAUCACCGGAGGCCAUGGGCACGUUGUUUUUUGGAUCUUAAUAAUCUGGAUUAGAUAAUAACGUUCCAAAUAAAAAAAAAAAAAAAAGUU